AUGUUCUACGAUGAAGAACCAGUUCCAAGAAUUUAUGGCGGCAGCGGCAUUGGCAUUACUGUCAACGGUAUUAAUGGCUCUGGUAUCAACGACAGCGGUUCUAGCAGCGAUGUCUACGCUUCAGGCGAUGACAGCACGGCUCCUAUCGAGCCAGUCGCCAUUUGCGGGCUGGGGAUGCGCUUACCUGGAGGCGUUACUGACCCUGACGCCUUCUGGGAUAUGCUUGUGAGCAAACGCGACGGUCGGUGUAAAGUCCCCAAAGAUCGCUACAAUGUUGAGGCGUGGUACGCGCCGGGCAAAAAAAGACAUGUGCCCAGCGAGUAUGGUUAUUUCCUUGACAGCAAUAUCGACUUUAAAAACAUCGACGCCUCUUUUUGGUCCAUGACCAAAAAAGAGCUGGAAACUCUGGAUCCACAGCAACGAUUGGCUCUCGAAGUUGUCUAUGAGACUCUCCAAAGCGCGGGCCAGAAGCCGUCGGAAAUCCGGGGAAGAAGGAUCGGCGUCUGGGUUGGAAGCUUCGGUGGUGACCGGGCGGAACUGGAUGCCCGCGACCCACAAGUCGUUCAUCCCUACAACCUUCUCAAUGGCUUCGACUUCAUGCCCGCAGAUCGAAUCCAUUACGAGUUUGGUUUCAUGGGGCCGAGUGUUACCGUUCGGACAGCCUGUAGCUCCUCACUACUGGGUCUUCACCAAGCUUGCCAUGCCCUGAUUCAUGGUGAUUGUGAAGCAGCAGUUGUGGCGGGUACAAGCGUCAUAUACUCCCCCACUCUAACCGCUACCAUGAAUGAUCACAACGUUUUGUCACCCUCAGGGAUGUGCAAAACGUUCGAUGCUGAGGCAGACGGAUUUGUGCGGGGAGAGGGCGUGGUGGCCGUGUACGUCAAAAGACUGCGUGAUGCGGUUCGGGACGGUGAUCCCAUUCGUUCGGUCAUUCUUUCCACGGCCAGCAACUCCAGUGGGAAGUCUUCCACCAUGACCGCACCGAAUCCAAUAGCCCAAGAGGACUUGAUCCGGAGGGCUCAUGAACUCGCCGGCAUCAAGGACUACUCCAGGACAGCAAUGAUGGAGUGUCACGGAACAGGGACCCCCGUCGGCGAUCCUAUUGAGGCAGAGGCAGUGGGACGCGUUUUCGGAGACCACGGAGGAGUCUAUAUCGGCUCUGUCAAGACCAACAUUGGUCACGUUGAAGGUGCUGCUGGCCUUGCUAGCGUUUUAAAGAUGACGCUUGCUCUCGAGAACGACAUAAUCCCCCCAAAUGCCAACUUCAAGUCCCCAAAUCCCAAGAUCCCAUUUGAGCGCUAUCAGCUCAAAGUUCCCACAGAGCCCAUUCCUUGGCCCAAGGGAAAGGAUAGAGUCGUUGGUGUCAGUUCCUAUGGAGUCGGUGGAUCCAACGCAUACGCUCUUCUCGCCUCGGCUAGCCACUUAGGCAUUCAAGAAAAAGAUAGAAAAAAGAAGGUCACCAGCCAUAUCGCAGGAAGUCUUGGUAUAGAGCCUCCUAAACUUCUUGUUUUGUCGGCCAAACACCCCAAAUCGCUUGAGAAAAUGGUAAGGCAACAUCAAGCGUACUACCUGUCCCACCCAGAUCACUUAAGAGACAUGGCAUAUACCCUAGCUAUGAAGCGUGAGACGCUGAGCUACCGUGCUUGUUGUGUAGCAAACGGUGUUGAUGACUGGAAAAUACUCAAAUCAACUCAUCACGGUCCGUACGAUCCUGCUCAGUUGGUCUUCAUCUUCACCGGGCAGGGCGCGCAGUGGGCUCAAAUGGGGAAGUCUUUGAUACAGAAUGUUCCUUCAUUUAGAAAUUCGAUAACCGUGAUGGAUAAGAUGUUGCAGCAGUUACCAGAUGCUCCGAAAUGGAAAUUGAUAGAUCAAAUGUUAGCGCCAAAAAAGAUUUCGAUGAUCAAUGAUGGAAAGAUCUCGCAGGUUUGUUGCGCAGCUCUACAAGUGGCUCUUGUCGACGUCCUGGAAAAGUACAAUAUUAGGCCCGGGGCCGUGCUAGGUCACUCCUCAGGUGAGAUUGCAGCGGCGUAUGCUUGCGGAGCAAUCACUCAACGCGAGGCCAUUAUUAUCGCCUACUACCGCGGAAAGGUCCUAGGAGCUAUUGAAAGCUCUGUCGGCGGCAUGGCUGCAAUCGGACUAGGAAAGGUAGAGGUUACACCGCAUCUUCGACCUGGUGUGCUUAUUGGCUGCGAAAACAGCCCCAAUAGCGUCACGAUCACCGGCGACAAGAUUGUCUUGGAGAUGGUUGUCAACGACAUCAAGAAAGCCCACCCGGACGUUCUCGCCAGAGCUCUGCAGGUAGACAGAGCCUAUCACUCUCAUCACAUGCAAGCCGUUGCUUCACAAUAUUUUGACCUACUCCAGCCUCAUAUAAAGCCUCGUGAUCCGAGGACGCCGUUCAUCUCAAGCGUUGCGAACCGGCCCAUCUCUAAUGGGGUUGAUCUCGGUCCGGCCUACUGGGUCCAAAACCUGGUCUCGCCAGUCCUAUUCAGCGGGGCCGUAAGUAAGAUGAUUCAUACUUUAAAGUCGAAAAAGACCUUCCUCGAAGUUGGGCCUCACUCUGCACUUGCAGGACCCAUUCGCCAGAUUUUAGUUGCUGAAAAUAUCAACGCUGAGUACAUUAGCGUCCUCAACCGCGGCCAAGAUUCACAUCAGGAGCUUCUCCGUGCUGUGGGCGAGCUGUGGUUGCAUAACCAUCCGGUAGCCCUGAGCCGUGUAGUGGACAAAGGAGAGACCCUUACAGAUCUUCCUUUGUAUCCAUGGCAUUAUGAAGAGCCGCUUUGGCAUGAGUCUAGGCUCUCUGAAGAGUACCGUCUUCGUAAAUUCCGGCAUCAUGAACUCCUUGGCAGUAGGGUUUUGGAGAGUACUCCCACCAAUCCGGCCUGGAGAAACCUGCUGCGUCUUGAAGAUGUGCCUUGGAUUGCAGAACAUGAAGUUGAGGGCAGUAUUAUCCUGCCAGGUGUCUCUUACUUAUGCAUGGCUGGCGAAGCUGUCCGGCAGCUUACUGGAGAGAGCGGCUUUACAUGCAAGCAGGUGCACUUCAACGCUGCGCUGCUUAUGACCUUCGAGAGUCAGACAGAAAUCAUCACGCAACUGAAGCAGAUUGGUCUGACUGACUCGGUUGACUCGGAUUGGUAUGACUUCACUAUUUCUAGUCAUCAUGACGGGGGCUGGGUGAAACAUGCAUUUGGCAAGGUCCGUGGCAGCGCCAAAGAGAGAGACAGCAGCCUGGACAUAGCCAGUGCUGAAGCCACCCGCAAGGUCUUCUCGAGGGUGUGCUCUUCUGCUUCCUGGUACCGCAAGUUCAGAUCUCUCGGUCUGGAAUACGGCCCGCGCUUCAGUGGUAUGGAGAUUACAGCCGACCCCUUGUCACCGAAGGUUGCCGCAACCUUGAGGCUUGACUUGCUUCCAGGAGAAGAAAAACACUACUCCAUACACCCAGGGGCGUUGGACCGUCUUGUCCAGAGCCUUUAUAUGGCAGCAGCUCAUGGCCUGACGAGAAAUUGCAAUACGUUGGCCCUCAUUGCUUAUGUUGAUGAGUUCACCUUAGGCCCUCCCCCGGAGGGGGCCAAAGCAUUGUCCUUCCUGUCGAAAAUUACGGAGCAGAGGUCUGGAGCGUUUCUAGGCAGUGUUGUUGCAUCUGUGGAUGGUCAAAACACUGUUGUGAGCUCCAAAGGCUGGCAACUGUCCAGAAUCAACGAAUCCGGUGAAGUACACGCGAAUCUGAAUUCUCAUGGAGCUGCCCAGCUGGAGUGGCGGAAAGACAUUGAAUUUAUCAAUCCGUCCUCUCUCAUAUCUUCAGCUAUAACCGCUGAAAAGGCGGAUUUGUAUCGGCUUCUGGAUCGAUACAACGUACUCUCCCUUACUCGUACCCUCGACAACAUACGCUGUGCCCCUCAACCACGCCGCGACCACUUGACCAAAUAUCGGAAAUGGCUUGAGCAAACAGUCACCGAUCUCGCUUCUGGCUCGCUGAAGUGUCCUGGCGUCCCUGACGCUGCGCAACUUGUCACAAUGACGGCAGAUGUUCGGGAUGAACUGCUCCCACGUCUCUUCAAACAACUAGAAGGCAGCGAAGUUCAUGCACCCGCAACUGCUAUACAUCGUGUCAGCUCCAGUUGUGAAGGCAUUUUCAACGGUGAUAUCAGCGAACUUGAGCUCCUACUGGCUGAUGGUGUCCUGCAACACGUGUACGACUGUCUGCUUCUAGACACGGAGUCGUCAGCAUUCUUAUCGCUUAUCGGACAUAAAAAGCCGAACCUCCGCGUGUUGGAAAUCGGAGCCGGAACCGGGGGUGCGACAGCCAGCACCCUUCGAAGUUUGACUUCAGCACAAGGAGAAAGAAUGUACCAAUCUUACACAUACACUGAUAUAUCUUCUGGCUUCUUCGCUGAUGCGAAAGAGAGGUUCAAGGAGUAUUCCGGCCUUGAAUUUGCAUUGCUUGACGUUAGCAAAGAUCCAUUGGAGCAAGGCUUCAAGCCGGAAUCCUACGACCUUGUCAUUGCUUGGAACGUGAUACAUGCCACGCCUAACCUGCGCGAGUCACUAGCAAACAUAAGAAAGUUGAUACAUCCUCGUGGUUGGUUUCUCCUACAAGAAAUCGCUCCUGUGACGCCCUGGAUCAAUCACUGUUUUGGUGUCAUAUCCGGUUGGUGGCUUGGUGAGGCUGACAACCGCGUUUGGAAGCCCCAUGUCGACUUCGAACGCUGGAAAAAGGAGCUUUCAGAGUCUGGGUUCGGUCAUAUAACAAACAGUUUUGACAAUUAUACGAAUAACAACAUUGUUUCUCGGCCGGUAUCGCUCUUGUCCAGUUCAAAACGGGUUACGCUUCUGAAACGAGCAAACCAAAAAGUUCCAAACAUACAGGACAAUCUGCAAGCCGCGGCAUACAAAGUCGACGUAUAUGAUUUAGAGGACUCAGAAGCAAAGCUUGCUCCAGGACAAGAUGUUAUAGCAACCCUGGAUAUGUCCUCUCCUUUCUUCAUCGGCCUAGUCGAAGAAGAUUUUGCUCAUCUUCAGCGAUUUAUCAAGGCUGCACAUGACGGCAACUGUGGUAUUCUCUGGCUCACAGGCCCGUGCCAGAUUGGAGGAACAGUUGAACCAGAGUACGCGCCGUUACUUGGCUUCGCCCGUGUCAUACGCAGUGAACUAGGACUUGAUUUUGCUACACUCGAACUCAACAAUAUUUCCACAGCGGCGGCGGCAGAAAUUGUCCAGAAGGUGUACGUCGAGUUUGAGAAGCGUGUCUCGAAUGAUCCGGACGCCAAUCCUGAGUAUGAGUGGGCUUAUGCGGACGGAGAGGUUCUUGUCAGUCGUUAUCGCUACACAAAUGUCGCGCAGAAAGUUGAAGUGCUGCCUGACGAAAUGAGUGUACGCAAGUUGGAACAACGCACGCCGGGUCUUACUGAUACACUUUGCUGGAGGCCGCUGGCUGCUCCAGUGCUUGCCGAUGGCGAUGUCAGAGUCGAUGUAAAGGCUAUCGGCAUGAACUACAAAGAUUUGCUCAUUGCGCAAGGUGUGAUAACGGACGCAGCAGCCGUCGACGCCGGGUUCGGCCUAGAAUGUGCAGGCAUUGUCUCAGAAGUCGGCCCUGGCGUGGACAGGUUGAAAGUGGGUGAUAGGGUCGCUGUUAUUUCGAGCGGGUCGUUUACGAACAGCAAGACCGUAUCGCAACAGUUGUGCUGCAAGAUGCCCAACAACAUGAGUUUUGAGGAUGCUGCUAGCAUGCCCAUUGCGUACUGCACCGCUUUCCAUGCAAUUUUCAACCAAGGCAAUGCGACCAAAGGAUUGAGUAUUCUAAUACAUUCAGCUACUGGAGGCGUGGGCAUGGCGGCCCUUCAGCUCGCUCAGAUGCUAGAAGCCGAUAUCUACUGCACUGUUGGUAGUCAAAGCAAGAGAGACUUCCUAGUCAAAGAAUGCAAGAUUCCCCCGGAGCACAUUUUCAACUCCCGCGACUCAUCCUUUUUGCCUGGAAUCAUGGCAGUAACAGAAGGACGUGGCGUUGAUCUCGUCCUCAACCAGCUUUCAGGAGAGCUGCUUCAUGCAUCCUGGCAAUGUGUAGCAGAGUUUGGCACAUUUGUCGAGCUCGGCCGCCGGGAUUUCCUCGGUCAUGCUAAAUUAGCCAUGGAGAAGUUUGAAUCAAAUCGAACCUUUACUGCCGUCGAUCUGACGCACCUCUGGGUCCGGAAACCGCGAGUCGUGGGGGAAAUUCUGGAGCGGGUGAUCCAGCUUUGGACCGAGGGACACGUCAAGCCUUGGAUUGCUUCCAGAUUCUCGGCCGCGCAAAUAUCCCAGCCAUUCCGCCAAAUGCAGAAGAGUCAGCACAUAGGCAAGCUCGUUGUCACAAUGCCGGAUGACACUGCUGAUGACGCGCUUCCCACCGAGCCCAUCUACAAGAAGCUCAAGCUGAGGCAUGAUCGGUCGUACCUCUUUACUGGCGGCUUGGGGUCACUCGGUACAGUCAUAGCCACUUGGCUUGCGGAAAAGGGAGCUAAAGAGAUCGUCUUUUUGUCCCGCUCUGCAGGCUCAAUGCCAAAACACGCACAAGUUGCCGAAGAGCUCGCGGUAUUGGGUUGCAAGGUCACGAUGGUGUCUGGUGAUGUCGCCGAGUACAACGAUGUCGCUGAAGCUAUCAAAACGGCUGAGAUGCCUGUCGGAGGCGUUCUACAUGCUGCGAUGCUCCUCCAGGAUUCCAGUUUCCUCAACAUGAGUUGGGGCGAUUGGCUGACGGCAUUGCAGCCCAAGAUUGACGGAACCAGAAACAUCCAUGACGCGCUGUUGAAACAGCAACCUGAUGUUCCGGUUGACUUCUUCUUCCUCUUCAGCUCUACUGCUGCCACCGGUGGUUGGUGGGGACAAGCCAAUUAUCAUGCCGGAAACACGUAUAUGGAAUCUUUCGCUGCUUACAGACGCAGUCUGGGUUUGGCUGCCAGUGUUCUAAAUGUUGGUUUCAUCAGUAACGUCGGAUACGUUGCUGACCGACCUGAGGUACUCGACUCCGCAAGGGCAACGGGACAGUGGCUCAAUACGGAAGUCGAGCUUCUAGAAUGCAUCGAGCGCAUGUUGAUGGAACCGCCGACUGACUCUGGCUCUGCAACUUCUUCUUGCCGAAUUCAGUCAAGCCUCAUGGCAAUGGGUAUGCGCUCUACCAUACCGCUGACGUCGAAAGCGUGCCGUGUCCCCUGGAAGAGAGAUCGACGUAUGCUGGCCUUGCACAACAUAGAACCAGGUGACUCCUCAGGCUCGUCGGGCUCGGAUAUGAUGUCUAAUGACGAGUUAUCCCACGCAAUUCGCGAGAUUAGCUCCAACAUUGUCUCCCUCCAGUCAGACGAGACCAUAACGUUCUUGGCCACACACAUCGGUAAAACGUUGUGCAAGUUCCUGCUGAGGUCAGAUACCGAUCUCGACUUGGAAGUCCGACUCACGGACAUCGGUAUGGACUCUCUAAUAAGCAUAGAAGUAAGGGCCUGGAUCAGGCAGUGGAUGGGUGUCGACUUGGCCACGCUUGAGAUUACAGGAUCUGAGAAUUUGCGGAAGCUUGCUGCUGCAGUCCAGAAGAAGAUGAUUACGAAGUACAACUCUAAGACAUAA